GUCUCCCACCUCCGGCCAUAUCUUAUUCUUCCUCUUCAAACAACCACAACACGAAUACAUUCAAUUUAUAUCUGGAUAUCCGAGAAAACUGCAAUGGAACCCCCUCGUCGCCGCAGACCUCCUCUCUCCUGCACAAUCUGCAGACGCCGCAAGCUCAAAUGCGACAGGUCCAUGCCGUGCGCGCAAUGCGUCAAGUCCAAAAUGCCAGACCAGUGCUCGUACGCUGCGUACGUGAGUCAAUGGAGAGACGCAGAUGUACGUGACGAGCGGUUGGAAAGUACUCCGCCCGUGCCAGCUACUAGCAGCGCUGGUAAUAACGCGUCGCUUUCCAGCGGGAUGCAUGUGUUUGACUCGCGGAAUCGAGUCACUAAGCCGGCUUCGCGGCAGGAUGAGAUGCAGGAGCUGCGCGGGAGGGUGAAAGCGUUAGAACAUGCGAUUGUCAGACAGGGCGCGCCUAUUAACACACCCGAUACUCUAGGUGAUCUGUCGGACGCGGGACGGCCGGAUGGUGUUGCUGAGGUUGUUGAUUCGUUGCCGGAUCAGUGUUUUCGGGGCUCGAAUGGCGGGACGAGAUAUGUUGGUCGGUCGAAUUACGCGUUGUUCAUGUCGUUGUUCCCACAUGUCGGUGGUUUCUUGCACCGUGAGUCCAAGAAUAAAAACCCCGAGCAGAGAGGUGAUAUGGACAAACUUAAGCACCAAAUGUGGUCGCGAGAGCGACAGAAUCACCAGCGUACGUAUCGCGACCAUGCGUUCCGGCUAGAGGAAAUGGUCCCUGCUCGGCCGUUUGCAGACCAGCUGGUGCACUUGUAUUUAUCGACGUUUGAAACUACGCAUCGGAUUUUGCACUAUCAGACGUUUAUGCGGCAGUAUGAGGCAUAUUGGGUGGGCCAAAUGAAUGCAGACACGGUAUUCCUAGCUAAACUGCUGGCUGUGAUGGCCGUUGGCAGCAGCUUUUACCCUCCGGAAGCCAAGCCGACAGGAAUAGAGUCUAUGCACCAGACCACGAGCCGAUGGAUUAUGGCUGUCCAGUCUUGGGUUACGUCUGUGUUUGUGGGUGCCAAUAUCAAUUACGACCUCCUCCAGGUUCGAUGCCUCUUGAUGCUUGCGCGACAGAUAGAUGCGACAGACGGGGAUAUCACCUGGAUUGCAUCGGGAUCUUUAACAAGGUCUGCGCUGACGAUGGGUUUACAUCGGAACCCACGACGCUUUCGUCAUUCUAAAUUUUGGGGUGAGAUGCGUCGUCGUCUGUGGGCUACGGUCAUGGAACUGGAUUUACAAUCAUCUGCGGACGGGGGCAUGCGACCGUCCAUCGACCUGGAAGAAUGCGACUGCGAUGCACCGUCGAACUUGGAUGAUUCCGACCUGGAGGAGGACAUGGCAGAAGAUCCUGCACCGAAGGCUGGUGUCUCUGAUGGAUACUUUCAAGCCGUGUUGUCUCGGUCGCUGCCGGUGCGAACCAAGGUUAUGGAGAUGGUCAACAGUUUGAAGUUCACGCUCACAUACGACGAAGCCUUGCGCAUGAGUGAUAUGUUAGUCCGACACAUGGAGGAGGGAUUGGCUGCAUUCGAACAUGGCAGUGGGAUGACAUUUGCCAAGUCGCUUUAUUCAUUUACAAUGCGACGAUAUCUACUCAUCCUACAUCGACCGUUUUAUUUUUCAGUACUGCAAUCCCCGAAACACACUUAUUCCCGGAAAAUCUGCCUAGAGUUGUCGCUGCACAUUCUCUCGAUGCUCGAGGAGGAUGUACCUCAUGCGCACAUGCGGGACCUGGCACCUAACAUGUUCCGACACGAAUUUUUUUACGCAGCUAUUACUGUCUGCGCGGAAUUACAGCUACAAAUGGAGGAGACACCCGGCAGCCAAUUGACAGAUCUCGUACGGUCGCAACAAUCCGUGAUGAUGCGGGCGGUUGAACGGAUGAUCCAAGCUUUGCAAUCGCGAAUCUAUCCUAACGGUAAAGGAGACAAAGCGUAUAUUUUCCUCGGUUUAGUCUUUGCAUCGGUUAAAGCAAAGUUGAAUGGGGAAGAUGUGCAUGUUGCGAUUGGACGGGCAUCGGAGGAGGUGCUCUCGGCUUGCAAGGCGAUGCUGAACUUUGUAGAGGACCGUGAUAGGACCCCGUCUGUAUUCGACCCGGUCCAUGUGUUUCCGAUGGAUUUCAGCGGUCUUUCAGCACUUGAUUUUGGGACACUGUUUGAUUUGCCCGACGGACCGGAAUGGGAUGGACUGGUUUCCGGGAAUUGAUUUGAGUUGUUCAGCUGAAAGCAGGUUUGUUAUUAAUGCCGAUCACCGAGGUACGGGGUAUAAACAGUCGAUCCCCCUCAUCAACACGUCUCCGUCUUGUACGAAAUCCGAAUUCACGACAACCUCCAAUUGAACAACAUGUCGUAAGUACUCAUUCUAAAUACAU